CAACGCCGAGUUGCUGAUGUGUCUACAACUGUCAAAAGUUGCAUGUUAAUUCAGAGGCGAAAGUUGAAGUCCGUAAAAUAAAGAUAUUUCAUCCUCUAUUGACCGCUAAACAAACAGGAUGUCAAAGGACGCCAAUCCCAAGGAGGCGUUGAUCAAGGCGGCCUACGCCGACGUGCACAAGUUCGGCAAUAAUCGCGAGUUCGACAAGGCAGUCAAGGCAGUGAACCGCAUUUUGGGAGUGGCUCCCGAUGACCCCACGGCCCUUCACUGCAAGGUGGUAUGCCUGGUGCAGCUGUCCAAGUUCGAAGAGGCCUACAAGUUCAUCGAGAAGAACCGCCUGACUUCGCUGUCAUUCGAGAAAGCCUACUGCGAGUACCGUCUGAACAAGCAGCAGCAGGCACUGAAGACUAUCGACGACACGGGCCUACAACCUUUGCCGCCGAACCUAAAGGAGCUGCGUACCCAGGUACUGUAUCGCCUGGAGCGGUACGAUGAGUGCCUGGAUGCCUAUCGUGACAUCAUCAAGAACACCAGCGAUGAAUACGAGGACGAGCGGCGGACCAAUCUCAGCGCAGUUGCUGCCAACCUGGCCGUCGACCAAGCCAAGGAGGUGCCCCAGGUGCCGGAGGACACCUAUGAGCAAUACUUCAACAGCGCCUGCAUUCAGGCCAAUCGCCAGAAAUACGCCGAGGCGGAGCGCAAGUUGCGCACUAGCGAAAAGCUCUGUCGCGAGUUCCUCGAGGAGGAGGGAGCCUCCGAGGAGGAAAUCCAAGAGGAGGUGGACGUUAUACGCGUCCAGCUCGCCUACGUACUGCAGCUGCAGGGCAAGACCAAGGAGGCGGGCACCAUCUACGCGGACUGCCUUCGCCACAAGCCCAAGGACGCAGCUCUGGUGGCCGUGGCCAGCAACAACUCGGUGGUGAUCAACAAGGACCAGAACGUGUUCGACUCCAAGAAGAAGAUCCGUGCCGCUUUGGCCGAUGCGUGUGAACCCAAGUUGACCUCUCGCCAGAAGCAAGUCAUCGCUCUCAACAACUGUUUGCUGGCUUUAUACACCAAUGCCGGCGAUCAGGUGCAGCAAAUCAGUCAGAAGUUGGCCACAAGCUACCCACAGGUAGAGUUCGAGGCACUGCUCAUUCGCUGCAGCCAGUUAGCCAAGGAUCGCAAGCACAAGGAAGCCAUUGAGCAGCUCCAGAAGUUUGCAGCCUCCCACAAAUCCCAUGCUUUUAUCAGCAAGUUUGCCGUAAUUCAGCUGCAAUUGCUACAGGGCAACCGCAAGGAUGCCAUUGAGACACUUCUGUCUUUGGGUGAGGCCAAGUACAAACCUGGUAUUGUCUCGGCUCUUGUGUCCCUUUACUUGGGCACGGACAACAAGACAGCUGCUUCGGCGCUGCUCAAAUCCGCCGUCGACUGGUACAAGAAGAACAACGUGAGCAGUGGCGAUCUGUCGGACAUGUGGCGCCAGGCAGCCGAGUUCCAUUUGCGCGGGGGCGCCUCUGAAACGGCAGCCAGCUCGCUGGAGGAGCUGCUUAAGCUGAACCCCAACGACACCAAGGUUCUGGCCCAGCUGGUCAUCGCCUAUGCUCAGUUCCAGCCAAAGCGGGCACUCGAGCUCAGCAGAAAACUGCCCAAAUUGGAGACACUGACCACGGCUUCCGAAAUUGAUGCACUCGAGGCGGCUAACUGGGUGAUGUCUGCCAAGGCGGCCAAGAAAUCUGCCAAUGCCAAGAUCGAACCCUCACCAAGCACUCCCGUGGAGAAGAGAAAGAACCAUAACAGGAAACGCAAGGGCAAGCUGCCCAAGAACUACAAUGCCGAAGUGGCUCCCGAUCCGGAGCGGUGGUUGCCCAAAUACGAGCGCACUGGCUUCCGGAAGAAACGAGGCGGAGCGCGAGGCAAGGACGUGAUCAAGGGGUCCCAGGGCAUGUCCUCAGGAGCAGCCGAUCAAUACGAUAUGUCCAACCGCGUCAAUCUAAGCAAGAACUCCCCAGCCACGCCCGUUUACCAGGAGACAACCCCAGGACCUAGGCAACAGCACCGCAAGGGUGGCCACAAAAAAAAGAAGGGCGGUCGUUUCUAGGUUAAAACUGACUAUAAAAAAUGCCUUUAUACUGUCAAACGAUAAUUAAACAAACAGCAUGUUA